CAUCUUUCCAUUGUUUUUCUUCAAAAGAUCACAUGAUCCCUAACUAGAAUUUUCUCUCUUUCUACCAAAAUGGACAAGAAAACAUGCAAUAAUUCUCAAGAUGCAGAAGUGAGGAAAGGGCCAUGGACCGUGGAAGAAGAUCUGAUUCUCAUGAAUUAUAUAGCUAAUCACGGUGAAGGCGUUUGGAAUUCACUAGCUCGUGCUGCAGGGCUUAAGCGUACGGGAAAAAGUUGUCGUCUGCGGUGGCUGAAUUACCUUCGACCGGAUGUUAGACGGGGGAAUAUCACGCAGGAGGAACAACUUUUGAUUAUGGAGCUGCACGCUAAGUGGGGAAACAGGUGGUCGAAAAUUGCUAAGCAUUUGCCUGGACGAACCGAUAAUGAAAUAAAGAAUUAUUGGAGAACAAGAAUCCAGAAGCACAUUAAGCAAGCUGAUCAAACUUUCACUGGACAAAAUCUUGAUCAGACUCAUCAUGAUCAAGCAAGCACAAGCCAAAUCUCCAGUUACUAUCCUCCUGAUCAUGCAGUUGAAAUUUACUGUCCACCGUCGAUUGAUGGACACAUGGAAACUUUCCAUGGACCUUUCCCCACUGAAUCAAAUGAGAACAUAUGGAGCAUGGAGGAUCUUUGGUCCAUCCAGUUAUUUAAUGAAGACUAAUUAUUUAUCCAUGAUGAUAGAUUAAAAUCCAAAACCCUAGUGAGUUGUGCUUUUAUUCAAGUGCUGUAAUAUGAUGAUGUAUAAGAACUUAUAUAAACAUAUAUAUACAUCUGUUUAUAUAAAUAUAUAAA